UAAUUUAACAACGCGGUCGGCGGCAGAGAGCGAAUCGUGGCGUCACCUGUCAACACGUCAGAACGAUGCAGCGUCCUCCUGCAGCGAUACUCCACUCUCUGUUUUGGCGUCGCGUGACUCUACGAGGUUAAUUAACGACGGGGAGAACGAGCACCGAUCAGUAGAAUGAACACUGGGAUCUCGUAGCGGAAUACCGAUUGAAGAUUGAAGUGCGCGAGAGCGUGGAAUGAUAGAGGAAGGGAGACGACAAGCGUGGGAGAGAUAAAGAGACAUCAAGCAAGGUGAACUGUAGAGGGAGAGAGAGAGAGAGAGAGCGAGCGAGAGCGGAGCAGACUGGAAAGGCAGAAAGGAGACUCGCGAGAGACGCGUCCGUCACGCACCGAGUGUUUUCCUCGGCUAGCCGGAACGAACGCGCCAUUUCCCAGGGAGAAAAUGAGAACGACGUCCUCGUGCUCGUGAAACCAUAGGAGGAGGAUCCGGCGCAACGCUUGAGAGAGCAGGAAAUGUACGGCGCUGAGAGGGAGGAGGUGUCUGAAAGUUGGCUGCAUACGUAUGACCUGAGCAGUACUAUGAUUCCCAAUGCGAGCACGGCGAUGGACGACGAGGAGCAUUUCUGCAAGCUUAUUUUGUACAAGGAGAUCAAGGAUUCCAGAGUGCGAAUAUGGGAUAUCAUCAUCCUGGUACCGAAUCUAUUGUUUCUUCUGUUCAUCGCAAUGCGAUUCAACAGAGCGAGGCUUAAGUUACGUGCAACGAGUAGCCCAAUAUUUUUAGCGUUUUACGGUCUGGUCAUUUGUAAUGUAGUUAUAUCAGUGGUGCGCUGCGUCGUGUCGAUGACUGUGAAUGCGGCGGCGACGGUCGGCGGCAAGGCCGACAAGGUCCUAUGGGUUACAGUGAGAUUUUUUCUACUAUCUACCGAGAUGAGUGUAGUUAUAUUUGGUCUAGCGUUCGGUCAUUUGGACAGCCGCUCCAGUAUUCGUAGAGUAUUACUUGCUACAUCCUUCAUAGCGCUGGCGUUCACAAUCACUCAAGGAACACUGGAGUUGGUCCUACCGGACGAUACGUUUCAUAUUCCCAGCCGCGACUUUUACGUAUUCGGUCAUGGCGGCAUGAUGUUUUGGUUUUGCAGUAGCCUCGUUUUCACAACGAUAUAUCUCUUCAUAUUAAUACUGCCAUGGACACGGUUGCGGGACCGCCUAGCACUUCCUACACGGAAAAGUUUUUACGUUUACGCUGGAAUACUAGCAACGUUGGACUUAGUGCAGUCGAUUGGCGCAGGCUUUCUAAACUACACGCAAAAUCCAGUGGGAUUAUGCAUCGUAGACUUCACUGCAGCAGUAUAUUUAACUCUUUUUACCCCUUUGGUUUAUCAUACAUUCCUGUCGGAAUUCUUCGGAGUUUCGCAACCUUCGAUAAUGUUCUCUUACAAAGCACAAGUGGACGACGCGAUGGACGAAGACACUGUGUCAUUACCGCACCAACAGAGUUUUUCAUCCUUGAAAACCGACAGCGAUUACAUCUAUCAGGUCCAUACUCCUUCUAUUCACAUACCGCUGUAUGAUUCCCAUGCAUCAAAAUCCUCUAAACCGAGAGCUUCUCUUUAUUCCUUAACAUCCUCUAAAGACCCCAAAAAUGACUCAAGUACUUUUGGUUCACCAGUUAAGUCGUAUCGCUCGACAUCCGGUAUUAGAAGCUUUGGUAGAGAUUUCAGCAUAGAGAAAGACCUUUCGGAAGUGGUCGAGUAUCCCUUAACCAAAUCUACCGCCAUCCAAAAAAGCGUCCCGGAUCUAAGAUUCUCCAGCCCGAUCCGAAAAGCCGUUCCUGAUACGUACGAUGAUCCCAGUAGCGUCACACUUCUCUCGACUGAUACCGCUAGUAACUUCUUUUACAAACCAAAUACAAUUGACAGCAAUAUUAAUUUAUUUUCUCAAACGAGGAAAAGUAGCUUAGAGAGUAUAUCGUCUAAAACGAUCGUAGAUCACGUGGCUGUAGUUGAGAAUCUUUCGCAUGGAUACGAUAGCUUCUCAGCGAUAUCUCAGGGUCCAGCACUAGAAAAUACCUUACACUCCAUUUUGGAGAGCGGAACGCACGAAAUUAAAACGGAAGUUCCUAAAAAAUCUCGAUUAAAGACAACUGACACUGACAAUUUAGUCGAAGAUGGUACUGCUAGUGCAGAUCCGAGACAUUUAACGACGUGUAUUAGCACCGAGAUUUUUAAAACUUACUCAAACGAUAUGUCUCCUGAUUCAAAUGUCACGCAACAAUUACUUCCUAGAGCGACUUCCUUUACAACCGGCGCGCACAGAAAGAGUAAGAAUGAUUCGAAGGAGAGAGAGCCAGGUGGCUUAAGUGAUUAUUUAUUAUCCAUAACGUCUCCGAAAUUUGUGAAACACAAAAGGAGCGAGGCACAUCCCAAUCCCUCCACGGAUUCAGAUUUUUACACGCAAACUGAAUCUUUGUAAAUAGCUUAUUUAUAUUUAUCGCUACAGUCGACUUACUGUGUAUGUACAUAUCGUAGAUAGUCUUCCUAAGUUUUACAUUAAUUUUGUUAAUUAUUAAUCCUUAUAUUACAACAAGUAUGGUAAGAUACCAUUCGAGAGCUUUAUCUAACUGUAUAUAUCUGAGCAUGUUUAGAAAUAUCGUGCAAUUAAACGUAUUAAUGUAGUCACAAUGCACUUGGUUUCAUUUAUUUACACUAACUUCGGGCAAUCACUCCCUUGGCAACGAUAUCACUGCUGUCUUUUUAGAGAUGGAAUUUCGUGAACGUUUUCAAAUGAUAUUUCAUUACGCGUACAUUGUACACUGUUAGCACCAAUGCUUCAAUGUAUUAUAUUAUAAUAGUUAUACACGCGAAAUUUGAUAUUUUAUUAUUUCAAAAUGCUUUUGGCUGAAUUUUGGCGAGCUUCCGUAUAUUGCGCAAAAAUAUAAUCGUUAUAGUCUCAUAAUAGUUUCCCUCCCAAAGCUUCUGUUCU